CCAGAGGCUGCUUAUGAUCAGGUCCUGCCCUUCCCGAAAAGGAUGAAGCUCCAGCUGCAGUUCUGGGGAGGCCUGGACCGCAGCUCCGGAGGGGCCGGGCUACCAAGGCCGCUGGGCCUGGAGAGGCGCGUCCCUAGCCCAUCUUAUCAGCGCUCUGCAGGGUCUGGGCCUGCUGCUCGCGUCCUCCUGGGCUCCCAAGGCCACGGGUGGGUUGAUGGCUUGGCAGCCGGCCUCCUGGCCCAGCAGACGCUGAGCAGCCCGAGGGCACAAUCCACCUCUUCUCUCCAAGGCCAGCUGGAGGGACGAGGCACGACAAGGCCAUCCCUACAGCUGGCACUUCCCUACAGCUGAGAGGGGGCCUAAACUACAGGACACAGUCCCAAGACCCUUAAGCCCUGGCAGCAUCCCGGGGUGGGCAGCAGGUGGAAGUGGAAAGAAGCCUGUGGAGCUGCCAGCAGGGAGAGGGG